GUCCCGGAUGUUUUCUGUAACUCCUUGAUCGUCAAUUUUCCUACCGCAGGCUGAGCCAGUGAAGUGAUCAGGUCCGCCUCUCACAUUGAAAGGUCCUCACUGAAUUUCUGCAGCUAUCAGUGUCGGGAAGUUAGAUGCACAGGAGGAUUGUUGUUUGAGAUGAGAAACGAAAGAGGACGUCCAGAGAGUGAGCUGUGAUGUAGAGGCAUAUUUUCUCAUCAUAGGAAAACAUGGAGACUGUAAGUCCUCCACUCAUUGCUCUAAACCGGUCCCCUUCCCUGGCUCACCGAGCAGACAUCCUUGAAAACCCGAUCCAGGUACUUCUGUUCAACUUUUCAAGUUUGUUUCAAGGAAAGGAAAAAUGAAUUAAGUGUGUUGAGUUUAAUUUGAUUCCAGAAAUUAAUGAACAUGAUUACUUAUCAAUUUUAGAAAUGAAAUCAGGAAUAUGGUUAGAGACAGACAGCUUUAAUUUUGAAUUCAGAGCAUCGAUCUGAGGAAGCCUUUUUCAUUCCGCUGUCUUUGUAAACUGUGUAGAAAAAGAGUGAAGACAAAGUUAAAUAUCACCAUCAGAUUUAACGCAAAUUAAAAAAAACAAAAAAAAAAAACAAUUGAUCGUUUCUCUGAGUUUCACCGGAAUACAUUUGCUCAUUGUUCUGAGGACCAGUGAUUUCUUUGUUUUAUGCAUGCAUGCAGGUAUGUAUGUAUACAUGUAUGUAGUAUACGUGUGUAUCUAUUUGUAUGUGUGUGUGUGUGUGUGUGUGUGUGUGUGUGUGUGUGUGUGUGUGUGUGUGUGUGUGUGUGUGUGUGUGUGUGUGUGUGCAUUUAAAAAAAAAGACUGGCUAAACCAGUUCAGCUGCACACGGCUAAGUUCAUCCGGCAGGUAUAUGAGAAAUGUUUGGAGAAUUUUGUUUUGCUUUAUACUCAUUUUUUCCUCUUUUAAACGUCAUGAUUAAAGUCCCUUUGCUUUGUUCAAUAGGAUUUUAUAGCUUGUGUAAGGCAAACUUUCAUGCAUGCUUUGCUCUCCCACUUUGACACCUACACACAUUCUCCAUGAGCUCAUCUCCCAGUCUGUGUAUCCCUCAUUUUGUCCAAUCUUCUCUUGAUAAAACAAAGGGACAGGGGCAGAGAAAGAGCGAGACAUACAGAACAGCAUAGGAAGAAUGAGAGGCGUGAAUAAUGAGUAAUGGUUCACUGGUGGGUUGAGGGAGAAUAGAUCUACUGUAAGAGUGCUGAACAGCCAGUUUGUGGUCCCAGCUCCUCCCGUUGUCCGAUGCCACCCACCAUCCACCACCAGAGCACAUCCCGUCUGUUUAAGAGGGAUUGUGCUGGUGCAAAUACUAAUCUGGACUGAACCAGACUAGCUGAGAGAAUAUUUUGUUAUAAGAAGCAACAUUAUGAAAGCUGCCAGUCUGUAGGUCUGUGAAGAGCAGGUGAUACUUGACAUGUAUGGCCAUUUAUUUAUAUUUAUAUGUAUUUAUAUGACCAUAUAUAUAUAUAUAUAUAUAUAUAUAUCUGUGUGUGUGUGUGUGUGUGUGUGUGUGGAGUGUUGUCAUGAAGCUUGUUUUGUUUAUCAUUGUUUGAUUCAUGUAAUUUGUCCUCCCACAUGAAAUCUAAAAGUGAAGGGCUUCACAGAUUGGCCCAUGUCAAGGAGGAACAGACCCCCAUUGUCAAAGGACACAAAGGAGCAUGCUGUUUAUCUGUCUGUAGGUCAGUGUUGUGGAGAAGAGGCCAAGUGUUAGUGCUGUUAGACCAAGUGUUUGUUUUAAAGCUUGUUCGAUAUCUGCUGCUGUUGUUUUAUUUUACUACCAGACCUGCAGUUUUCAGCUCAAUCUCUCAUUCUUACUGCAAUCAGCUCUUUUUUCGGGGGGAAAAAACUUUUCCCCAAAAGAAUUGGCAAUUUUUUUCUGGUCACAUUUAUUUAAUUCCACCCAUGUAACGAAUUAACAACAAAGAAAAAAACAUGUCUAGCCAAGGACAAGUCUUUGACAGCAGCUAGAAUCUCAGGUGGACCUACAAUGAGGUUUCGCUUAUUGCAGCUUUAUUGAUUAACUCAACAUUUUUUAUAAUUAAGUAGUUAUUAUUAAUUAUCAUCUCAUUAUCAGGGAUGAUUUAUUUGCUGUCAGUAUUUGUUUACAACCUCUAUACAAACUUCUGUGUCACCCUGUACCUGACUCCACCUGACUGCACCACCCUUUAAUGAACAUCAGGCAAUGCAUCUAAUCUUCCAACAUCACAAUCCACUGGAUAAGAAUAAACACUAAAUUGAUAGAACCAAGUGAGAGACAAAUAAUUUAUGGGGCCUUGACAAAAAUAAAAUAAAAUCAGUAAUCAUCAAGAAAACAUUUUCUUUAGAACUACUGUUUGACCCCAAAAACAAUUGAGCUGCUCACUGCACAACAAUUUUAUUUAGUGUACCUAUCUUGAAAAGGUUCCUUCAUAAAACAAAAUAAGUCAUAAUAAAAUAGGUAUAGAUACGUAAAGUAAAAGUUGACAUUGUGCUAUGUUCACAAAGUUCAUAUAAUUUUCUUGAGAACCUUUCAACAAAAAAAAAUCAAGACUUAGUUUGAAUUAAUGUUCCUGCGCUGCAAAACAUGUGCCAGUGUACUUCUCAUGAUGAUUCAGGCAUACAAGUGUCUGACAUUGACAUAGUUUGAUGGCCUGAAAGUCAAAUCAACCAUGUAAGGUAACACCUGAAGGGAACAGGGGCACUGGGAGCUUGGUGGUGUGACAUCUCUUGGUUUCCUUGAGUAAACUGUGUAAUGUUUGAUAGGUGAGCCAACAAACCAACGACACGCCCAGUGUACCAACCUCACCUUCCUUGACUGCUUUGUUUGUUCUUCCUAUGACAGAGAAACUAUCAGUUUCAGUCUGUCACUCUGUUUACCUCUCUCCCUCCCUUUUUUUUCAACUCCCUCACACACUAUUGCCAACUGUAUAUCCAUCCUAGCUGUUGUUAAAAAGCACAAGCUGUCUGUUAGAGGUUAAUGAUUCUCAGUUUGACCAUGUGCGCACACACAUACACACACACACACACAUAUAAUGUUGUACUAUGAUGUAGGGGCUGGAGAUGAGGGGGAUUUUACCGUUUUUUUACCAACCUAUCAUUCACCUGUUGGGCUAGGUAACAUUUUUUAAUAAGUGACUCAUUGUGUUAAAGGGUUUUUGUCAUAGUAAUAUAAGUAAUAUUUCACAUACCUAUUUCACUAAAUAAAAGCAGUAACAUAUUAAAGUACCAUGUCAGUCAUAUGGUUCUGAUGGCACUGACCCGUCUCUAUGGCUACCUUUGAGUGUUAAGGCAGUAUCAACUCUACAGACAUCGCAUAACUUAGUUCACAGCCCAGAAUCCUCAAAGCUCUUUAUAAUGUGACAGUGCGACAGCAAAGUGGGCAGUACAGAUUCCUCCAAAGCACACAGGAUUUCUUUUAAAUAAGAUAAACCUUAACAAAGACACCACGGCUGUAUUCCUUUGUCCCAUAAAUGGUGGCUGAAAAUAUAUACGCUUUUGGUGUUAGUCAGCUGUAUGACGGGCUUAUUUUGGUAACCAGGUUAAACAAUCCUCUGCUUUUGUUAGCCAGCACUAGCUUGUUGUUCUCAGCUUGUUUUGGACAGAGUUAACCAGACAUGAGGACACCAAUUCAGCAGCUCUGAGGCUUUAGUAAGGAGGCUACUGUUCAGAUAGUGUGAUAGUCAAGCCUAGCAGCUGAUUUUAUGUGGAGAGCCUGUCCUCACUGCUGUUUCAGGAUCUAAUCAAAGUGGACACACUUGAUCCAGGAUCAUGGAAAGAAGCCCAGGUCCGGCCACUGCUGUCCUCUCUUCUUCUUUAAUGUCAGAGAGAACAUUUUUGGAAUUCUGAUACACAAUAUAGAUGAAAAUUUGUACAGCGGCAUACUAGUGUGUGUGUGUGUGUGUGUGUGUGUGUGUGUGUGUGUGUGUGUGUGUGUGUGUGUGUGUGUGUGUGUGUGUGUAAUGGGUUUGUGUGUGUGCAAUUGUGAGCUGUUAGAGUCCUUGGUGGGUAUUGUGCUGCUGCAGAGUAUGAUUAUGCUGGAUUGUGUUGGUGUGGCCUUGGAGAUGUGUGGGUGAGCAUGUAGGGCAAAUACAGUACUUUUAAUCAUGUAUCUUGCCCAGUCUGUUUGAGACUUAAGCAUAACACUGACAGUGCAGAUCUCCAGUUUAACAGCUGGUAUUUCUCACACUGCAUAUAGCUGUUAAAGAUGUGAACUAAAAGGUCCUUUUAACUGUCAAUAGAAUGUUAUUUCUUAUUGAUAUAUGACCAUCUCUGAAAAUAACCAGGUACAGGACAAGCAAGAGAGAGCCAUCCUGUGAGCAACCUCCAGCUCAGGUGGUGAGGUAUCAUUCUAGACAUAGAUGAUACACCGACCUGUUAGAAACAUUGAUUCCUUUGGUAAAUGAAUGCCCGCUCACUAAUCAGGUUUUCUCUCAAGAUCUAACCAGGGGUCCAAACUUUUCUCAUGUGGCGUGAGACCCAUACCACACAUAGUACUGUGAUCCUCAGCUGACAGAGACCGAAUGCUUUGCUUUAAAUAUAAACAAGUCUGUAUCAGCACCCUCAGGCAAACAACAUAGUUAGCAUGACGGAUAACCAUAAUUUGCAACAGACUGUACUAAUCUGCUUGAUGAUACCCACUUUCCUGCAGUAUGUAAGCGUGGCAUGCAGAGAUACUGGUGCCUAUGUACACUAGAUCCAGAGACUGGAAAUAUUUAAGAUAUAUAUUUGAAAAGAGAAUCACCAAAUCAUGAUGUUAUGAACAGACCAAGCAACAUCAACACAUAAUCAACAUUUUAUUUAGGAUGUCUGAAAGUCUGAGUCUAUGUAAUUCUACAAUAGAAACAGAAGCACUAGCACUAGCAGCACUAACAGGGUCAAUCAAGCUGACCAGCAGUAUCACUUAAGAUGUUCAUGUUUUUUAUGCAUUAAGGGUUGAUAUAUUGUUUUUCCACAUUAAUAACAAAACCUGCAAAGUUAUAAUGUUUGCUGUCCAUUACUAGAUGUAUGCAAAGUUUCAAAUCACAAGGUAAAUUAUGGUGUCAUAAUCUUAGAAAAUGAAUGUAAACUGCUUAAAGAGACAGCAGCUAGAACAAAGCGUUUCAUACAGAGGCUGAAAUAAUGAUAUUUCCAUUUUAUUUACAGAAGAAUUUUAUAUGAAGCCUUGGAGCUGUUUGUUUUGGUAAUUGGAAAGAUCGUUACACUGUCUCAGUUACGAAUUACGAUGAGGAAUUAUCCAUAUUUAUGUGGUGUAUUAAUCUUGGCAACAAAGUCCUCUAACGUGUUCUGCAAUUUUAGACUCUUAUUUUUUCAGACAGUAGGAAACCAUUAGUCUGGUAAGCUUAGCCUGGGCAGUUUGUUUUCAUUGAAAAGAGAUCUGAGUGUCGUAGCAUGAUUAAAUAAAUACAUGAACAUUACUGUGGAUGCUAAUGAGUUGGGCUUGUUGAAGGAAAAGGGAGGAGAAGAAGGAGCAGAAGAGGAGGGUUGUAGAAACAAAGUAACAGUGUUUGGGCUUGUGUAGUACUAAAUUCUGUUUAUAGCUGUGGCUCAUUUACUGCAUAGAAUAUGAGACUUGAAAGCUCAAAACCAUGAAACACUUCACGAGGAGGACACAACCAAUAGUAGCUUUGCUUUUGGAAGCAGUACAAAUGGAAUAAAAACCUCUGUGAUUGUCAUAAGAAAAACGUGCUGGCUGGGGGAAGAUUAUUUGAGUGUUACAAAUCAUCGGGCCCUCUUUAUACUCCUUUUCCCACAGACCUAUCUCCUGGGAAUCGUCAUCUCCAUAUGUGGGAAUGUCCUCAUCAGCAUCUCUCUCAACAUACAGGUAGGAAGCAGUGGGAUCCAGCUACACAGCAGACUCAUCACACCAGAACACUGGCCACACCCUGCCUGUAAAAAGUCAUUAUUCCACUCCUAAAGGUCCUGUGAAGAGACUUUCCACAUUGAUGAAAUAGACUAAAAUUCAUUUUGAAAUCUGUGUAGAAUAGCUUUCAGAAAUGACUGUGGCAAAAUGCCUCUCCAGAACCCCUUUGAAAGAUUUAAUGCUACACUGAUUAACAAUAUCAAGGAGACGUAUGUAGUCAUAAUCUUCAAAAAAUCUAUCACUGUCAUGGUGAAUACCCUACAGAAGAUCAGCAGUUGAUUUUCCAAAUAUUGCCAUUUAUAGGUUCUUAUUAUCUUUAGUUAGCAGAUUGAAUGAAUGAAUGAAUUUAUUCUUUUCGAACAUGUAUGCAAAGAAAUAAAAUAAAUUAAAUGCAUUGUAGAUAUCAUGUACAGUAAAAGCUGUAAAAGCCCAAGCUUUUAUCAAAGCAGUGGCCUUGGUUCGAAGUUAUGCUUUGAUGGUAUCGUACAAUUUAACUUCCUAAAAAUAGUUUUAUUGGCUUCUAAUGUUACAGAUGUAAUCAGUGUCUAUGUGUAUCAGUGACUUUUAUGAAGGGAGACCGGGGCUUGUUGUCACAUGGGUAAGUUGUCACAUUGCAAUUAUCUUUGCCACUAGAGAGUGCAGCUAAAAAGUGGAAUACUAGUUUUCUUCCUUUACAUGGUCAGAGAAUGUGUCUAGAGUUGGGCGGUAUGACGCUAUAUACCGUGUGACGUUACAAAAGUGUCUGCCGGUAGAAAUUUUGCUCUACCGUUUAUACCGGAGAGAGAGAGCAGAUGUCUGCUGCAUCUCUCUGAAUCAGUGUGCGGUGGUCUGUGCUCACUAACAGGAAAGCCUUGCAUUUGUUUGGGUGCGUUUCCAUAUAUUCAGUGUGUCAUGGGAGUUUGUUCCCAUCAUUUGAUUGGUCAGGUUUGGGUGCGCUCCCUAUAAUCACCAGCGUGUCCAGCAGACUGCUUGGCAUAGUUUCAAUGAAGAGGAAACAGCUUCAUUGGUGGUGGUCAUGGCAGACACGGAGAUUAGUGGCAGUACCGAGCAUGUUGCAUAAUCUUUUAUGUUAACAUUUGGCUAUGUUCAACGACUUUUUAUAGCUCACUGACUUUGAUGUGCACUUUCAUUUAAAAAAAAUAAUAACAAUAAUUUUGUCCUUGUUUCAUUAGCUGCAAAAUCCACUGUGACAUCCUACCCCAUAUAGUAUGACAACUUACUCAAUGGUGGGGCAACAUGUCACAUGUUCACACUCUCUAUUUGAUUCCUUAUAACUCUGCACUGACACAAGAUAUGAAAAUGACAUGAAUACAAAAUAUAAACAUGAGACUUUGGUCUUUCAUCUGGUACACAUUUUGUUCAUACAUGAUAUAUUGAUUCCAAGAACUAUAUGAGUGUAGAAAGUGUGAUAACAAGCCUUGGUCUCCCCUACUCUCCUGACUCCCUUAAACUUUUCUCCUUCACAUUUGGUCUUGAAAGUCUAAAGAUCUUGAUGAAGCUUCAUAAUUAGGACUGCAUGAUUUUUUUUUUUUAACAAAUAGUAUGUUCUGUCUUAAGAUUGUAUAUUACCAUAUCAAGGAGUUGGAGUUUGGAUUCAAUCAGUCUGAUGUUCAUGGGCUUCUGGUCCUUUCCCCCCUGACAGAAAUAUGCCCACGUCCGCCAGGCUCAGCGCUGCUCUAAGCCCUACUACACUUCUGUUGUGUGGUGGUGUGGUGUGGUUCUCAUGGGUGUCGGAGAGCUGGGGAACUUUGCUGCCUAUGGUUUUGCCCCAGCAUCACUUAUAGCCCCACUGGGCUGUGUGUCUGUCAUAGGUAAGUCUAAUUUACUUUUCCCCCUGGUACAUUAUCCAUGGUUAAAGAUACUUGGAUGGUGAAUACUGAUUGGACCUGGUUGGGUAUCAGUGCACAAACUGCAGCUGUGUGCUGUGUCUAUAAUGUGAUGCCUUUGUUAACUGGUUCAUGAAGUGUGAGUGCAUGUUCACUCAGUGUUACAGUCUGUUUAAAUGCUAAAUGGUAGUUAGGCUGUGUUCUCUUCCUCUAGUCUUCUAUUCACUUAAAGCUCUUUUACAUCUAAUGUCACAUUCACCCUUUCACACCACAUUCACACACUGUAUGUAUAGAGACCAUCAGUUUUUCAUUAAUCCCAUUCACACACCACUGGGUGCAGCCAGCAGGGGAGAGUGGGGUUAGUGUCUUGCCUAAGGACACUUUAAUAAUAAUAAUAAUAAUAAUAUCUUACAUUUAUAUAGCGCCUUUCAGGAUACCCAAGGCGCUUAACAACACACUACAAAAACUAAAUACCAAAAGCCUACUUUAGUGCAAGGGAUUAAAUCCCUGACCUUCUGACCGGUAGAUGACCAACUCUACCUCUGUGCCCCAGCUGCCCCUGAACCACGUUGUUUAUAUAACUCUCAUUUCUACAAGGUCAACAUUCAGUCAAAUGUCUGACCUAACCUGUGAUUGAAUUCUUAGUUGGAUUAAAGAAACAAUCAACCCAGGAUACCAGAUCACACAAAUAUCGGAUCACAGAUACUGUUUUUUUAGGGGACAAGUGUUGAUCAGUAGUUUUAGCAACAACAACAACAACAAAAAAAAAAAACAAUUAGAAGGUUUCUGUCUAUAAAUCAGAUUGUUUGUGUUUCCAGUCUGUUUAAUGUAUUUGCUUUGCUUUCUAAUACAUAUCCUAAUCUUUCACGACAGAACAGUCAGAUUUCAGACAAUAAUCUACUUGACUGAAUACAUCUGUCGGAUUUUGUUGAUGCUUAAACUAACAGAAGUAUAUAUUUGUAUUUGCAGCCAGUGCAAUCAUAUCUGUGGUUUUUCUCAAGGAGACAGUACGUGCAUCGGACAUUGUUGGUAAGUACAAACACUCGACUAAUGCUUUCAGGUUUCUUUUCUCUCUUCCUCUGAUAACCUUGUUUAUUGUAAAUGUUGGGCCUCACUCACCAAGAAAUUCUUCCUAUUUGUGCAUUUAUUAGGUAUUCUUUAAUCUUACUUUUUAUCAUAUUUCUGUGUUUUAAUUAUUGAGAUUUAAUGAGCAUGAGAAUUUAGUGAGCAUUUAUUCCAGUUGUUUGGUCUUUACUGUAAAAUGUUAAAUACAAACCCCAAUUCCAGAGUUGGUUCAGGGUCAUGUUUUCUACUGUGUUACAUCACCUUUUUUUUUUUUUUUAAACAACACUCAGUUAGCCUUUGUGAACUGAGGACACCAACUGUUGAAGCUUUGGCACACACACCGUAGUAUCGAUAUCAUGGCAAAUUCGUAUCAUAUCCAGAUAUGACGUGAAAGUAUUGAUACUUUUUAAAAAUAUCAAUACAUUGGACCCUCCUGCUAGCUAGCCUGUCACAAUGCCAGCUGGUUUCUGAAAUCGUAGUCUAAAUAAAGUUUUUAAGGUGAAGUAAAUUUGCACUUGCACAGUACAGAUUGGGUAGGUAGCAAUAGUAAUGACUUACUGCGGUAAAAUGCAUUGAAAUACGAAGAGAGGAAGUGACGUACAUUUCCCACAUGCACAGUAAUAAUUGGAUUUCCAGGGACAGAUCGAGUAGCGACACUCACAGCUGCCCUGGGGCAGACAGAGGAAACACAGCUGCCAGUCCAUGCCUACGGCCUCUCAGAGCAUCACCACACAUCACUCACAGUCAUACACCAGUGGAGGACAAGCACUGGGAGCUGGUGGGUGGGUGAAGUGUCUUGCCCAAGGACACAACUGACAGACUGCCAACCUUCCAGUUAUUGGACGACCGCUCUUCCUCCUGAGCUACUGCUGACUAUUUAACUCAGUUGUUGACAAAGUGGUGAACAUGGCCCCAUCCUUGCUAGUAAAGGAUAGAGUCUUUCAGGGAUACCUUUUUAUACCCAAUCAUGACCCUCGCCUGUUUCCAGUGAACCUGUUCACUGGAAACAGGCGAGGUAUUUUUGGAGCUGACCUCAAUGUUCAGUCUUUUGUUAACCUUGAACCAACUUUUAAGGAACAUGUUACAGUAUCACAUCAUAAUCUGUAAAUAUUUACAAAAAAAUCAGUUUGAAUAUCAAAUACCUUUGUAGUGUAUUCAGUUGAAUAUAGGUGACAAAGGAUUUAAAAAUCACUGUAUUCUGUUUGGAAUGGGGGGUUUCAUAUAUUUAAGCAGAGCACUCAGGCAACAAGUAACCAGUUCAAUAAAAAUUUCACUCCCAUUUUUCUUCAUAUCACAGGUGGCACCCUUGCAAUAACUGGAACAUACCUCCUGGUGACCUUUGCCCCUCACACCUCCACACACAUCACAGCUCAUCUGGUCCAGUACCAUGCUAUCAACUGGCACUUCCUUCUCUACAUGGUACGUAAACCUCUGAAACUGUCCCACCUAAAUGGCGUUGUUUGGUUAACUCAACUCAACUCAACUUUAUUUGUAAAGCACUUUAAAACAACCACAGCUGAACAAAGUGCUGUACAUAACAGCACUUGGUUCUGUUAUGUACAGAACAAAGUGCUAUGUAGACAAAACAACACGGACUUAAAAAAACAAUCCAAAAACAAUUAAAACAAUGGAUAAAAUAAAAGCAGAAUGAACACUUUAUAUGACCCCCCCCCCCCCCCCCCCAUUAAUACGUCAUGAGCACACUGAAAAAGCCUAACAAAUGCAUCUGUAGGGCUUUAUGACAUUCCUAUGACUGUUUUAAGGCAUUCAUAACAGCUUAUAUCAUUGUUUAUGAAGUGUAAUAAACUGUGAAGAUAAAGUCAUCUAAAGAUGUGGUUUAUAAUGAAUCAGCUUGCUCUUUUAUAUGCCUUGGAAAGAGAGUAAGAUUUCUGAAUAAGAUUAUACAAAUUUCAAAUUAUUAGAAAAUAAAGACAGUUAUUUUUAUGAUUGUUGUGAAUUAUUUUUGUCAGACUCUCUACUUGCAGCCUCAAAAUCCUCUAUAUAACUUCUUAUAAAUGUGUCAUAGGAUCAUGUAAUUGUUAAUAACCUCACUUUACUGAAAGAGCUCAGAGUCAUGAUUUAACAUGUGCGUAUUAAUAAAACAUUUUAUGAAUUGAGAGUCACAGAAAUUCUAACCUUUUUUUUUUUUUUGAUGAUGUACAUAAUGAGUUCUUAACAAAGGGACCUCAAUGAACCUGGGGUUGGGAGAGUUAUAAUAAUGUAUAUAAUACAAUAAUCAUACAUACAAUAAUAAUUAUUUUUGUGUUACGAUCAAUAAGGUUCUUGUAUUGUGUUGUAUUAUUGUAUUGUAUGUGUUAUUAAACCCAGAUUGUUUUUUUUCUUUUGGCAGAGUAUUUUUAAAAAACCCAUAACUUUAUUAGGCUUCAUGCUCACUGCUGAUUACACUUCAUUAACAUUGAUAUAAACUGUUAUGAAUGCCUAUAAUCACUCAUGAGGACUAUCAUAAAGCCUUAUAGAUAUAUUUAUAAGGCUUUUAAAUGUGUUCAUGAUGCAUUUUAACAGGAGGGUGCAUAUAAAGUGUAACCCAGUUUUUUAAUAUGUGUUAGGAGACUGUGAGUUUCUGUCAUACUCUACAUUUUUAGACUGAACUCACUAUUCUCACAUAUAUGAGGCUUUUUGUCCGUAAAUCUUAUUGUGGUGGGGUUGUUGCGUGGGUAACAAGUUAACUCUGGUAAUUAAAAAUUCAGCUGUCCUUGAAAAACACUCAGAGGAGCGCCGUAGUACAGGGGAAUGAUAAAAAUGCUGUUAUUUCUCAUGGCACGAUAUUUACCAAAGAGCUCAGGCGUUGAAACCUCCUACACAGGUUUCCAGGGACCAGUGUCAACAGUAACUUACACACCUACUGAAUGUUGUGUUAGGGGAGUAAGUGGAGCGGAAGGAUCAGUCUCCUUGACUGUGUGGGCCUACUGGCCAAAAAUGUAAGAAGUACUUCAUAAAACCAAGAAAAAGGGUUGACAGACCUCAGAUAAAAUGCAGUUAAGACAAUGAAAGGGAAAUGGUGAAUAAAAAAAGGUUAAAAUGUAAAUAUUUUUGAAGUAAAAUCAACUUUAAUUUUCCGAAGAUACUUAUGAAAAAUUUAAUAUAUUUCAGUCUACUUUUAAGAAAUGAGACUUUUUAAAACUCUUUUUUAAAACUCUUAAAUUUUUUUGGGUUAAAACUCUAUGGCAUAUUAAGUGACAUUAAAUGCAUUGUUAUUAUUAUUAUUGUUAUGAAUGUAAUACAUUUAGGCUGAUAACUGUCCUGUGUGUGAAACCCAGUGCUUUAUUAGCUAUUGAGUGAAGUCAUUAUGCUGAACUUUACAUUUAUCUAAAUUACAUAAAAACCUUAAUUUUUCAUGGUUUAUGUUGUCAGAAAUGUCUAAAAUGAAAAGGAAAUUACUUUACCGUGAAAGGGAAAAUGUUUGGCUGUAUUUUUGAUUCAUGAUUUAAUUCAAAUGCUGUAUAUGAGUUUAAAAGGAAACUUCCUUAUACAUGCAUACAGAAUGGCUCAGUAAAACUUUAAGAAGGUAUCAUCCAGGCGAACAUUAACAAAAGUGAUUUUCAAGAGUCCAUUUAAUUCAGUUUCAAAGCAACAUUAUAAACCCCGGCUUUUACUAUCGUGUAAAACAUAUAACUCGGAGGGAAUUAUAGUUAACAAAGCAGAUUAAAGGUGUGAGAGGAGGACGUAUCAGUGCUUUAAAUUAUGACUUUUCAUGAUGACUCUGCUGUAUGAUUAAUGAAAUGUGAAUGUGUGCAUCUUAAUUUUCUUGUGAUUGUAUGUCUGUAACUUUGUUAGGACAUGCUGCUGCAAAUCUUAGCCAGCAUACUUGAGUAAAAGAGAGUUUAAAUCUCAAUUAGACUUUCCUCGUGAAAUAAAAAUCUAAUAAAGAGAGUUUAAAUAAAUAAGUACAAAUAAUAAAAAAUACAUGAUAAGAUAUCACAGUAGAUCUUGAUCACUAAAAUAAAAAAACCCUACAUUGUCUUUAAUGUAAGUUGAACUUAAAUAAUUUAACUAUCUUUUUAAAAAUACUUACUUUGGAUCCUCGAAAUACGAGAUGUUUCUGUGGACAUGUCUAUCAAGAGAUGCCAGAUAUGUUUGAGUGAUAGCAAAGCCACUGUGUGACGAGUAUAGAUCAUCUGAGAUAAGUUAUUACACAGGUUACCUGACGCUGAGGAGCAACAACAUUCAAACGCACGUUCCUUUUGUAGAAUUACAAUAUCUAAUAAACAAAGAAGUCGCUCUGGUGUAUACAAGUCUUUCUCAAACUGCUUUCAAAUAUGCCAAAAUGUCCCUAACACUUCUACAAAUGAAGAACAGAUACCUCAGCUGCAGCACCUCUGGGGGUAAACAGCAAUGAUGUGGACAAAGCGCAUUUGUAUUUAUCUGCCUGAUUUCUGCUCAAUGAACUCUAAAGCAAGAUCCAGCAUACAAAACAACCAAUCAGGGAUCAGAUUUCAGUGUGAAUCCAAGAGGCCAUUGCCGUUUGCCGACUUCACUGCGCCAGAGAGAGGUCAAGUUUGGAUGAGUUCCCCUAUUUUCCCAGUUCACUUUCAGAUCUGGUGGAGGUGAACUUCCCAAAAGAAGUCAGGACAACACAGAAGUUUCAAAACUCUGCCCAACUGGAGGGACGAAUUUGUUGUAAAGUGAAUCGGACACACAAAUCUACUGCAAACAAAGAAAUGUCUUUGAAUUGGUGAGUUUCAUGUUUUUGACAAAGCAUCUUAUUAUUUAGCCUUGAGCUCCGGUCCAUUUAUGAAACACUUUUCUGAGGAGGCUGAAUUAAGUGUAUUUACACUUGGGAUGGUCACAAUGUUAUGACACUAAUAAUUGAGCUAGCUAGUACCAUCAGUACUGACAAAGAUGGGCACAGUUCAUCAAAAGUGGAACUCUAUUAACUGUUAAUCCUUGUUAAUCCAUCUGAUGGGGUUUAAGCCUUACUUACUUAGGCCUUUGUAUUCCUUUCGGAACAUAGGCCACUGAUGAAUCGCUUCCACCCUCUUCUGUCUUGGGCCAUCCUCUCUAGCUGUUUCCACGUCAGUCCCUUCUCUUUCACUUCUUGUUCUGUACUCCUUCUCCAGGUGUUUCUGGGUCUUCCUCUGCUCCGCUUGCCUUGUGGGUUCCAUGUUAGUGCCUGUUUGGUUAUUGCAGUUUUGUCUUUCCUGAGUGUGUGACCAAUCCAGCUCCACUUUCUCCUUAACAGCUGUACCUCUAUUUUUCUUGGUUGGUGCGUUCCCACAUGUUGGUGUUAUUUAUGCGGUUUGGCCAGAAGAUCCUGAGGAUGCGUCUUAGGCAGUGGUUAAUGAAUGUCAGCAGUUUAUUGAUGGAGUCAUUGGUGGUCCUCCAGGUUUCCGAUCCAUACAGUAGUACAGAUUUGACAUUGGAGUUGAAGAUUUUGAGCUUGGUAUUGAGUGAAAGGUUUUUGGUUUUCCAGAUCUUGUUUAAUAUGUUGAAUGUGAUUCUUGCUUUCCCUAUUCUUGCCUUCACAUCCUCCUCUGUCCCCCCGUCCACAGCUAAAACACUUCCCAAAUAUGUGAAUUUUUCAAUCUCUUCCAGUGUCUGGUCCCCGAUGGUUAUGGGGUUUGUGCUUUUGUUGUCUAUGUGCAUUAUUUUUGUUUUUGGUCCGUUUAUUUUGAGCCCAAGUCCAGCUGCUGUUGUUUCUAGCAGUUGGGAUUUCUCUUGCAUCUGUUGGUGGUUAUGUGAGAGUAGUGCGAUGUCAUCCGCAAAGUCAAGGGGCUCUAUUUUCGUGCCUCGCCGGAGACGUGCCGCAGGCGUGGCGUAAGUCAGGUCCGCCGCGCCGACAAGGCGUUCCCAAGCACAAUUUGGUAUUUUGGUGAGCGGCGCAGCCCGGCUUAAGUAUCCCCCCUCCCUAACUCAGCUCCUCCCAGCUGCGUAAGUCGUAGCGAGGGUGGAGAGAGGGCGUGGAGUGGGUUUAACACAGCCGAGACCUGUUUUCACCAAUCACAUCAGCUCCUCUCCUCGCCUUUAAAUCUGCCACAGGCGAGGCGUAUUACCACUUUCGUGAAGUAGUCAAAGAGAUCAAGAGACGUCUGAAGACAGUAAUGCCACAAGAUGGCGACAGAAGGCAGCUCCUCAACAAGUGUCACUGUAAGCGCUGCAUUGGGCGUCCUCCACACUCUCUCAUAUGAGCACAGAUGGAUUUGGUGUGUGUGAUGUUGGACCCACUGGUAAGACAAACACCCUUUUCCACAAAUAAAGACACUAACAUAAAGUUGCAUAUAUUCAAACCUCAUGUGACAAAGGUGGGUUGUGCGCACAGAUCACAACAUUAACUCCAAAAAUGGCAUUAAAAUCGGAACCAUCUGUGCGUAAAUGACGCAUCGCGCUCCGUGGCCUGGCGCUUUCUUUCAUAGAUGUUGGCAUAUAAAAUAAAUUUGCCUCACAAAACUGAAUAUUAUAAUAUCCGUAUGUCGGCUUAAAGUAAAUAACUCAUCUGAGCACUGAAACAAAUCAUCUGUUCAGCCGCCGCCGCUGCAGCAGGACGGAGAGAGGACACGGAGACGUGUCCAGGUCGAGCUGCGUGAGAAAUAAGAGGAAGAGGAAGAGAGAAAAGGAGGGAGACGAAUUACAUAUCUAGUUAACUUCAUCAUGUGUGUCUGUUUACUAGAUAUUUAAUCUAGAUAUUUAAUUUAAUUUAAUUUAAUGCGAUUUCAGCUGUGUUGAUUCAGUCAGGUUGUGUGUCCAAACGCGCUCAUCAAAUCAGACAUAGAUCAGAAUAUAUCUAUAGAUCUAAAUGGAUGUGCUGACUCAGAUUAAUAGUUGUUGUUGUUGAUUAUUUAUUGCACUGAAAUGUGCCUGACACUGUGGAAACCUGCUGGUGAGGCAUCAGUGACGUACACCGAUACGCAGCCGGUCUACCAAAAUACCACUAGACCAGCUAUACUCCGCCUGCACUGAAAGCUGACCAAGUUUGAAUCGGCGAGCUUUCAGCGCACUUAACACGCCACUGGCGAGCACGAAAAUGUCACUGCGGCAGCUGAUUCUGUCGACACCUCCCCCAGCCACGCUGUACGCCAGGCUCCACCAGACGAAAAUACAACUGAAAUUGACAUAGACAGGUGUGUUCCAUUCUAUGGAUUGCUCGAUGAUGAUCCUGAGGGUAGCAAUUUGGUCACUGCACAAUCUUCCGUUCCUGAAACCAGCUUGGUUUUCUCUCAGCUCCUCAUCAACCCCCUUUUGCAGUCUCUCUAAGAUAAUGCGAUUGAGCACUUUGCCUGGUGUUGAUAGCAACAUGAUCCGUCGGUAAUUGCUGCAAUCCCUGAGGUCUCCUUUCUUGGGAAUAAUAGCAAUGAGCCCGUCCUUCCAGUCUGCUGGUAUAUUUUCCUCUUCCUCCCAUAUUUUCUUGAUCAGCUGGUGUAGCAUAGUGGUUGAGGUUUCAACAUCAGCCUGUAAGGCCUGAAAAAAAGGCUUGAAACCUGUUCUGUAGGGUGGUUUGAUACAGUUCAGUUGUUCCAAUGUCCUGGAAGAGCUGGAUGUUAAAUUUUGCUCUGCUGUUUGAGGGGUUGUUGCAGCGUUUCAGCUUCAGUUGGACUUUUGCAGCCAGUAGGUGGUGGUCUGAUGCAGCGUCUGCCCCCCUCUUUACUCGUACAUCAAGGAGAGCGCGCCUGAACUUCCUGUUUAUGCAUAUGUGGUCGAUUUGGUUUUCGGUUGUGUGGUCAGGUGAUAUCCAGGUGGCUUUAUGGAUGGGUUUAUGGGGGAAAACUGUACCUCCUAUGAUCAGAUUGUAGUCAGCAUAUACGUCUGCAAAUCUCUCCCCAUUUUCGUUCAUGAUGCCAAGCCCUUGCUUUCCCAUAGCUAGUUCGUAUCCACUGUUGUCAUUUCCCACCUUGGCAUUCAUGUUGCCCAUGAGCAAAAGGAUGUCUCGUUCUCUUCUGGUCUAGAGCAGAUGUUGUAGCUGGUUGUAGAAGUUGUCCUUAAGUUCAUCAUCAGUAUUGUUGGUGGGUGCGUAGCAUUGUAUGACUUGGAGGUUUAUCCUUUUGUGUGUGGUUUGGAAUCGUGCAGUGAUGAUCCUUGGGUUAAUAGGCUCCCAACUGAUGAGGGCCCUCUGGGCUUCUUUGGAGAACAGGAGUGCCACUCCCUCCGUAUGUGGUGCUUUUUCGUCGGCGUGUCCAGAGUAGAGUAUGGACUCGCCACUGCCCAAUUUGACUUCUCCUGUCUGGAGCCAUCUAGUUUCGCACAAGCCUAGGAUGGAAAGCUUGUAUCUCCUCAUCUCAUCUGCAAUGACUGAUGUCUUCCCUGCUGUGUACAUGGUCCUGAUGUUCCAGGUUGCGAUGUUGGUAGGUUGCCUAGGAGAAAGAAGAUUCCGACGCAUCCUCUCCAUAUGGUUUUCAGCAUGCUUCUUCAUUGUCUCUUUAGCUUGUUUGCUUGAAGAGUCUUCAUCUCUUAGGUUGAAGGGUUUCUUUUUCUUCAUCAAUGUUUCUGUAAUCAUUUAAAUCCACCUCACGGGUGAUUGGCCCAUGAGGUUUUACCAUUGCCCUAUUGGCCAGCUUGACCUGUUUCCACCUCUCACGACGUGGACGUUAGGGUUGGAUUUCGAGAGGCGGGUUUAAGCUUUAAUGUUACCUGAAAGAUCGGGUUGUAAGAAAACAUGUUGAAAUGUGUAAUCAUUAGGGCUGUUACUGUUAACCUGUUAGUUGUAAUGCAGGGCAUUAUUUUUCAAUCACAUGCUGUUUGUCCCUUUUUGGCACACUAUGGUCAGGUUACUUCUGCAGCUGUUGACUGACAGCGCUGCAGUUUUGAAUGACACACCUCAGUUUAAAUAAAACUACCAUACAGUUUAGGAGAUCAGCCUUCUUCCUCUCAUGUUCCUCACUUUCCAACAACACUGGAUGUAAAUGGAGCUAUGACUUCUCUUGUGAUCUCUUAUUAAAAUAUGCUGCAGGUGUAGUACAUGUGGAAGUAUACUUCAGUUUGGGGGGAGGUACUUAUCAGUCAAGGACUACAGGAGAUACCAGUCAGCUAGGUACCUUGGUUAAGAAUCUGUUCAGAGGACCAGAACAGAGACUGUGCAGACAGGGUCAGUUUGACCUCGUACUUGAGCUCAUUUGAAACACAAACGCUCUUUUCAGUGGAAGCAUUGGCUCAACUUGAUAAAUUCAACUCUCUACUUUGCUGCCCGUUUGUUACAGCCCUAUUCUCAGACAAAACCUGUACGUGUUCCUGCCUGCAUCACACUGAUCAGCUGAGACAGUAUGUUGGGAUCAGCCCAUGUGCAUCAAACUCAGGACACAGCGUCAGACUGUGAGUGAAUUUUUAGUUUUUUUGGAGGGAAACGAGAGAAACAGAGAAGUCUUCAGGCCGGAAUAGCUCUACAUCUGUUAGUGUGUUGUUUAAUCUGCUAUGCCUCCCACACACACCCAUACACACAUAUUUUAAUGGCGCAGAUCACAUGGUAUGUAGUUAAGCUUCAUCUUUGCCAUCUUGUAGAUACUAGGCUGAGAAUGACACACACCCUCUUUGUUCUUUGUUCAGACUACACUGGCUCUGUCCACCAUCUGAGCUGUGUGUGCUGCACGGUGGUGGUGCCACCCUUUCGUCUCCUUUCUUUGCUCCCUCACUUUGUCACAAGUGUGUCUGCUCCCUUUUUUGUGUACAGCUUCUGUCAUUCAGAUUUGCAGCAGCAUCAUUAGUCUGAUUUAUGCUCAGUUUCGUUACUUAUAUUAUCGUUUAAACCUUUGCGUUGCAUGUGGAUUGUGUAAAAUAUUUGCACAGUCACUUAAACAGCUGCAUGCAGUCAGGCGAUUUUUGGAUGGUCACCAUCAACAUCUUUUUUUUAAUCAUUAUUAUCUUAAUUACAUGGCGGAGCUGAUCCCUAUCUGCAGGGACAUCCCUCUAAAAAGAAACGCUUUGCAGCUGUCUGCUCCCUCUACCUUGUGGUUUCAGACCCAUCUGGUGCUGCAGUUCAGCAUUUAUUUUAAAUAAAAGCCUAAAAGUCAAAUUACACUGCAUUCAUUUGAUUCCCAAAUCAGUACACUUUAAGAGUUUCCAUCAUAGACUGUAUAUAGAAUGGACAGCGUCUGCCUCCUUGCUGGGUGAAGCCACUCAGAGAACAGCACCCUCUGAUGGUGGGCUGCAGUAUAGGUCAUAAAUCCCGCCUCCGACAGCAAAGCUUAUGGAGCUGUGGACCAACUUUAGAAAUUUAUCACACAGAAAAUAAAUUUUUCGUCCCCCUGCUUGUGAUGUUGACAUGUAGUUACAGUAAGACUGGUUUUUGCCUCUUUUUUCUGUGAAGCUCCGUUUUUAAAAGUUAUCAGGGGGUUCAGGUUUUCUUUGAUUGACACCUUAUACAGCCUAUGGGCGUUCAGGGAUUGCAUAUAUAUGCUGUUUUAGCCGAGUGUCAUCACAGCGACUCUCAGCGACUCUCCUGCUGAAUGCGCACAACCCUACUGCGCAGCGCCGGUUUCAGGAAAUGAAGAGAAAUCCCGGAAAUACUGAGAGCUUUUUGGCUUCAAAUCCGUAUACAGGCGGUAGGCGGAACCAAGUUGUCCAUAGUUUAUACAGUCUAUGGUUUCCAUCUUUUCUAAAUGCGGAUUUGGAGAAAAUGCCAAAUUAUGACGCUGAAAACUAUUGAAAUUUAAAAAUUUACUGUUUGUUUUACAAUAUACUUAAUUUGAUUAAGCAUAUCAUGAAAAGACUUACAUAGUUUUGUUUUGUGAAAGAUUGCUAGCUUUAUUUAAUCGUAAUGAUUAUAACUGUUGAUCUGAACCUCCUGUGUUUCUCUUAGUAUUUUUUACACAUCGAACACUCGCAUGUUAGGCACACCUAGAGGUUUCUAUAAAAAGUGUGUGUAUGUGCAUUGAAUUAAUGGUGGUAUAUUUGAAAAGUGUCUGAAGAGUUUUUGAAUUUCCCUGAGGAAACCUUCCCAUAAGGAAAAACAAAAUUGUAUCUCAUCUUAUCAAAUUUAAAAGCAUCUCUGGGAUCCUGCUGAAUUUUCUACUUGUUCUGUACGAAAAAAGGUGUAUAUGUCAGCCAUGUAACUACACUCUCAUUAAAACUCUUUGAAAAUACACCAUGCAUUCAGUGCUUUUAUUGUAUUGCUCUAUAAUAUUAUGAAAUGCAUGUAGAAUAUUUUUUAUGUAAAAUCUCAGCCAUCAUAUAUGUGGUUCUUUCAAAAACAGCCUCUUAUUAAACAUUAUAAGUUCUCUUAACAUUGCAGCGGUGUUAUUUUUCAUUCAUUUGUUCAUUUUUGUUUGUAACUUGCACAGUUUGUGUAAAAUAUAUUAAUCCCCAAUCCUCUCUGCCUUUUGGAGAUGUGCAUGCUUUUUAUUUACAGGGUCAGUUAUUCAGGCUCAGCAUCUUUCGAACUUUUAUCAAUUAAACUUACUUUAAACCCAUCAAAACUCAACUUUGAUAUGCAUUCAGUAUGUAAGUCAAACUUAAAAUAUACAAUUUUUACCUCAAAGCAAAAACUUUUUUUAUUGUUUUUAUUUUAUUUUUAUUGUUAUUAUUAUUAUUAUUAUUAUUGUCAUUUUUUGUCUCAUAAUAAGCUGCUCAGGUCUUAUUUUUGUAAUAUCUUAACAUAAGAUGUCUAUCUAGACUUGUCAGGUACAUCUUUGUUAUAUCAAGACUAAUCAGACAUUUUCUCUGGAAAUAAAACAAAAAACACUUCCCAGAUUUGAGUUUUGAUACUAUUUUGCUUUGUGUUCUCCAGCAGGUGGCGCCAUUUACAUGUUUUAAUCCUGCAGGCCAAAAAGCAAACACCUACUAACCAGUAGUGACACUAUUUAGGCUGCUAAAAAUAUCAGUGCCAAAUCUGUACACAAAUUGGUACCUACAGUUUAUAAUCUGUGCACGUGUGUGUGUGUGUGUGUGUGUGUGUGUGUGUGUGUGUGUGUGUGUGUGUGUGUGUGUGUGUGUGUGUGUGUGUGUGUGUUUACUUGCACAAAUAACAGAUUAUAAUUAAUAACAUGGAUACUAGUAGACAGACUUAUCAAAUUUUCUCUCACUCUCUCAACAGUUUUUGGAGAUUGUCCUCUUUUGCAUUCUGCUCUACCUGUACAAGAGGAGGAAAGUGAAGCACAUCGUGAUUGUCAUGCUGCUGGUGGCCCUGCUGGGUAGGAACAUACAAGAGCUGUUUUUUUUUUUUGUUUGUUUGUUUCUUGGGUACCAAAGUUGGAUCCAUUUUCAGUAUCGUUGUAGGUAAUGGCUAAGUAGAGCAGGAGAAGGAACAUUAUUUACUGUAACACACAUAAGAGCUACAAACAACCCCCACAAAGUUACUGGUACCAAUGAGGAGGCUCCUUUUUUCCUACAAUACAUGAUAUACUGUCAUGUUAAGCUGAAAUAUUGCAUCUGUUUUUCAGCAUCUUUAACCAUCAUCUCUGUCAAAGCUGUAUCAGGGAUGAUCACAGAGUCAGUCAGAGGCCAGCUGCAGCUCAUCUACCCCAUCUUCUAUGUCAUGCUUGUCGUCAUGGUCGCCUCCUGUGCCUUCCAGAUCAAGUUAGUCAAGGUCUUCUCUCCACUUUCCUGGGUCUUCUUCUUUUCUGUCCCGGCCUAUUUUUAACACUGAAAUCCCCCAUUUUUUCCCUAAAGCAAGACAACAUGUUUACUUUCUAGUUCCUGAACAAACUUAGUGAAAUGAGUGUGCAGUGUGACAUGAAAACACUACAGUGAAUCGGAGUGUGGCUGUGAUAAGACUGCUAAAUGCUGUCUUUACAGGUCAUCUCUACAACUUUCCUCUCUUCUUUUCAUAGAUUUCUCAACGAGGCCAUGAAAAUGUUUGAUGCCACUGAGGUGGUUCCUGUCAAUUUUGUGUUUUUCACUACAAGUGCCAUUGUUGCAGGUAUGUCAACUGUAAAGCUCGGACUCUGCUUUAUUUACUCAUUGCUUUUGGUUUUGGAUAAAGUGAUAGUUUGCUCUAUUUUUGUUCUGUGCAUGUAUGUGAAAAGACCAAACCAACAAUCUCAAUUUUCCUGCAUUGCCACAUAAAGCUCAUUUUAGUUUAUGCCCCAAAGUUACAUGAGAAAAACCUUAAUAUUAGGCCAAACUGUUACAUUUGUGUGUUUCUUCAAUAGUCACUAUUAAAUAUGUUUAUUGUUUUCUUUCUGGGGACACAAAUACUCAGAACCAAAGGUUAAUGAAUCUCUGGCUCAAAUGUUAAAAGAAGUCAAGUCCAAAUGAGUGUGAGCUUUAACCACAGAGGACUUCUGCCUUCCCUCCGAACAGACAUUUAUCAUCAGAGGACUGAAAUGGUUUAUUCAUCCGUAUUUUUUUCAGUUUUAUUCUCGGAUGCUUCAGACACAUCUCUUGAUAUAAAGGACAGAUACACAAGUGUGUUCCCUUCUAGACUUGUAUCUCAUGAAUACCAAUUUCUCUGCAUCUAUCAAACACCUUACUAUUGUCUAAUAAUUAUCAGUUAAAAGAAAACUAUCCCUUUUAUUGAGGAGUAAAACUGUUUGAAUGUUUUUGUAAAAAUAUUUAAAUCGGGGCUUCACUGGACUUCGCAGGCUAAGCUGCUCAGCAUCAUAUUAGACCCUGAACUAAAUUAGACUAAACACAUCGAUAAUGUAGUGACAAAAAUGGGGAUGAGCAUUGCUGUAACUAGAAAAUGUUCAAAGUACAUAAAGCAAAGUGACACAAGCUGAAGUCUGGUCACAUCUUCAGUCCUGCCCUGCCAUUUGGUCAUCUGCUUCAAAGAAAAACCUGCAAAAAUUGCAAAAGGCUCAAAAUAAGCCUGCAAGACUAGUUCUCCAGUGAUCUAAGCGCACAUACAUCACAGAAAUCCACAGAAAGCUUACAUGUCUUUCUGUUGAUAAUAGAUUACAUUCUCGUACUCUAACUUUUUUCCAUCAUCUUCUAAUGGACAAGAGACCACAGCAUUUCUAUGACCAAGUUAAAUAUACACAAAAUGUACAUAACCCCAUGACUGGACAAGCCAGCCCUGUCAGAGCUACUUCAAUCUACUUUUAUCUAUUGAGCCAUUACAGGAUGAAACGCAAUACCUAAUUAUAUAAAAAAAACAAGCACAAAAUUUGUUGUCAAGAAAAACUUAAACACUUGAUGAGAUUAAGCCUGUACUAAUCCACAGAGGCACUAAACUCGUGUUUACGAUCCUGUCUUAUUUCAAAUGGAUUUGUUCUCUAAUUUACUUGUAACACCUUUUUCUUUUUUAAUUAUUUUGUAGAUGAGUGAUUGUAUAAUUGUUGAAUGAAUGUUUAUGUUGGACCCCAACUGUAAAGACCAGCUCUUCCUGGGGUCUAGAUCCCCAUUGGCUCUUGACAAAAGCUAAUGGGGAUCCUAAUAAACAAUAAACCAUAGAGAGGCUCUUGUUUGGGUUAAGCACACUAUCAUGAUCACAGCAGAGUUUUGUAAUGUUUGGCAUUUUUAUAGGUUACUAUUCUUUCUGAAAUAUUUGUCAAGAGAUCUAGUUCUGAACAAAUCCAGGGUACUGGCAGACUCAGCAUAGCUGAAAAUACAGUUUGAUAUUAUAAGAGUUUCCCCUAUCUGUUCAGGACACCAGUAAGAAUUACUCGACCAAAUUCAUGAUCAAACACUCUCUUCCCCUCAUCCCAGAUCACGUGUGCUCAGGAUUUAUAGGGUCUUAACAGAGUAUGUGAGAUAAUCUACAUUUUUUUCUACAGUUUUCUCAUGAAACCUGAAAUGCAUUUUUGUGUUUUAUGUAGGAAUAAUAUUCUACCAGGAGUUUGAGGACUUGGCCUUACUGGACAUUUUUAUGUUUCUAUUUGGGUAAGUAUUCAAAAACCCAGCAAGAAAUGCAGGUUGAAAUGUUUUACUUAGCCCAGGAUAUCAUUUCUAUCCUUUCUUCUUAAUCCUCUCCAGCUGUCUCCUGUCAUUCCUCGGAGUUUUCCUGAUAGCCAGAAACAGACCAAAGAUAAAGCAGCAAGAUCGUAACUUUAUUGCAAUGGAUAAAAUCCCCGGUAAGCUUCUGAUCAAGUCACUGUACAAUACAGCAAGUCUACAGUACGUCUGCUGGCAGUGCAGUUAUAAAUUCAGUGAGUUUUGUUCACUGAACCUGUUGAUGUUUACAGGGAGGAGACACACAGACAAAGUGCAGCCUGAGCCCAAGACUUCAACAUACGGAUCACUGGCAGCAAAACUCAUCUGCAACAGGGCUGAGCAAACAGCUGAUUCAUAGGAUCAAUCCAUUAGGACUGUAAAUACGUAGAGUCUGCAUUUUUCUUUAAAUCUACAUAUGUACAGAAAAUAAACUGGGGUCUAUCCAAACCACUGCCAACUGAGCAGCAGUUCUGGUUACCACAUUUGUCUAAGAUUUUCAUUUUCCUAAAGCAGUUUGACUUUUUCUUGUAUGUAAACAGUGUUUUCAGGAGAGGAGACAAUAAAUAAUGAUGAAAAAUACAUUUGAUAUUCAACACCUGCAAAUUCAAGUGUUACAUAUUAUACCUACAGUGGACCACAUAUAUUUAAAAGCCACUGUGAUAAUUUCUUUUAAUGUGUUGUAUUUAAUAGAUUAACAGAGUAGAAGUUUCUAAAAGUGGUCAUUGAAUUUAGGAAUAUUAACACAUUAUUGCCUUCUAACAGUGGAGACCUCAGACUACUUCAUGUGAUGUGUCCAUCUCAGGUGAACUGAACUCAUGCAGUUUGAAUUUAGAGAAGGUAUAUUCGUUUUAGCUUUUAAGUAGAUCUGGUCACGUUUACAAAACCCAAUUCCAUUGAAGUUGUGAAAUUGUGAUAAAUGUAAAUAAAAACAGAAUGCAGUGAUUUGCAAA